UCGACACACACCACCACACAUCUGAGGAGGAAGAGAUGGCCACCCUAAAUAACUUCGGCUCUGUGGCUUCGUCGUUUAUGUUUAUGUUCGUAUUGAUAAUCGUUGCAUUUGUCCCGGUUGAUGCUUCUUCUGAUCAGACGAAGACGGUGGAGUUCAACGUUAAACCGGGAGGAGUGGUGCACACUUUCACUGAGGCGAUUGGGAAGUAUGAGUGCUCAUUCACUUAUGCCUCACAAGGGGGAACCAACGAGCAAUGGCUGAUGAGCGUGGGUCUGAGCGACGACGACAGACUGUUCUCCUGCUCCGUGUGGAGGCCCCAGGGGAAAUCCUAUCUGUUUUUCACUCAGUUCAAAGCUGAACUGAAAGGAACCAAAAUUGAAUAUGCUAAUGCAUAUUCUCAGACGGUGGCUGCAGGACAAAGUGACAUGCCUUUGAAGCCGGAGGAAUUUACCGUAGGAGACUCAACAGUGACCCACAGAGAUGGAAAAUUCAGCGCUCAACUCUCCAAACUGACUGCCAUUGGACGGACCAAACAUGAUGAGCUGUAAUUUUUCAGGAGUCUGAUUUUAGUUUCAUGUGUUGAGCUCUGAGUCGGGCCUCUAUGAUUCAUCUCAGUAGUCAAUGAAGGAUGGAUUUGUGGGGGUGAAAAAACUGAAGUGGGAUGAUACUGACACUGUAUGUCAGUAGAUGAAUUACCCGUUAUGUUAUUACAAUGGAUUUGAAAAUGCUGCUUGGGACAAAAUACAGCCCGGCAUCAGUUUGGUAUUCUUAUUUUUUUUACUACAUAAUGUCCUAGUUUAAAUUCUGCCAUAAGAUAAAGUGCUUCAAGGGUUAUUUCUCAGUUUCUGAGGCAAUAAGAUUUACAGAGAGCAAAUCUGCUUCUGAUUCACUGUUGGACGCCUGUGAAUGUAUAGAGGAUUGGUGUCUGGGGGCUUGUAGGGUGUAGAUAACACAUUCAGAGUAGGGAGGGAUUUAUCUGUCCUGUGUAAUCCUGAGAUGGAAAGAGAAUAAUCUCCAAUAGCGUCAUCGCGCUCUCAUAAACAAUUACAUUUUCUACAAUCUUGUUCUGUUCUGAGCUGAGCUCCUCGCUCUCGCUUUCUGUUUGUAUUUGACUGUUAGAUUAACUGUAAACACACAUUUUAUUCCCUAAAUCACCAAUCGGUACCACUUGUAAUCAAUUACGUUUUUUGUUUUUGGCCAGAAGGGUAACUUGUAAUAGAGCAGAUAGCAGCUACGGGACAGUAAGAGAAAGAUGUAGAGAACACACUGGAGAUCAGUGCAUUUUUGGAUACAUCUUCAAUAGUGUCAGUGUGAAUUAAGUGUUGAGAAAUUAAGUAUAUUAUUUAAUUUGAAAAAGCCUUGAUCUUGAACAUUUUAAUUAGACUCCUGCAGCAGAAGACACAACCAGUUCCUUAUUUAAAUUUCUCUCUUUUUAAUUUCAGGAUAUUUCACUGACUUCUCAAUUACACUGUUUGAGUUUCAACCCCAAAAAACUACAACAUAAGGUCUGCACAGACAUUUGGAUCAUAAUAUAUAGAGAGAAGAGAUGUCAUCACAUAAAUCCUGAGCCCCUUUUGAACCGUCUGCUUUCAUCCUUCAGUGUAACAUGGGUGGAUCCGCGAGGGUAUUGUGCAGCGAGCAGGCUUGCCUUUAGCUUCCUUACAUUGAUCCAAUCUUCUUAGAUCCACACAAGUAUCCACGAGAUGAGUUCUGGGGAUUAAUUUCACAUUCGAGGAUUGUGCUGAUUUGAUUCUGCGGUCAAAUUACUCGCUGAGAUCAGUACCUUGUUGGUCGGGGUUCGGAUCCUCUCAUCUGUCUGGUGUUGAGGAAACGCUCAGCGGGGGACGUUUGUGAGUCCCUGUGUCACCACCGUUGAGGCUCCUUCUGGGGUCACAACAGGAAGCAACCACGUCCAGAUGCUGUUCCAGAAUAGAAACAAACACACGUUACUCAUUUUAAUACACGUUUUUAUUUUAUUUUUCUACUUCUUAUUUGUUCUGGUUCAUGAUGAAAUGUGAUUGAUGUUUGAAUAAAAACAUGUUGUCACUGUG